CGGAACUAUUUCGCUCGUCAAUGCGGGAAGCAUCGCGUGUGGGGUGGGCGUGUAACGUGGGUGGUUAGGUGUAGAAGGGCUUAUGUCGAGGUUUUUCACGGUUUUCCCUUGUCUGUAGGAUACUUUUUUACGUUUUGCGCCAAGGUCUGACGCCUGACGGUCAAGCCCGAAGUGACCACAAUGGUCCGUGUCCAGCAUGCCUUUUGAUCGUCGACAUGCACUUCCAAUGAUGAACUCAGCCCCUCUGCCACCAUACAUGGACCAAGGCAUCGGCCACAACCGCUGCUGCAACCGCCGCUGCUGGUGCAUCAGUGACAUCUGUGGCAUCAUCUGUGUGCUGGUCACGUGGUUUUUGAUCGGCUACGCCGAGUACGUGGUGACGGGCGUGAUCCUGCUGUCGUGGCCUGACUCGGUGGGCCGCGCCCUCCACCUGCUGCUCUACAACGGCCUGACGGUGCUGGCUCUCUCCAGUCACCUGCGCACCAUGCUCACCGACCCGGGUGCGGUACCCCGCGGAAACGCCACGCGAGAGGCCAUGCAGCGCGUGACUAUGCAGGAGGGUGGCGUGGUGUACAAGUGCCCGAAGUGCUGGAGCAUUAAGCCGGAGCGGGCACACCACUGCUCCAUCUGCCAGCGGUGCAUCCGUAAAAUGGACCACCACUGCCCCUGGGUCAACAACUGCAUCGGCGAGAACAACCAAAAGUUCUUCGUGCUUUUCACGCUGUAUAUCGCAGCCAUCUCUACCCACGCGCUGGUGCUGGCUGUCAACCAGUUCGUGACGUGUUUCCACCACGAGUGGCGAACGUGCAGCGCUCACACGCCACCCGCCACCGUCGUGCUCCUGCUCUUCCUCAUCUUCGAGGGCGUGCUGUUCGGCAUCUUCACGCUAGUGAUGCUCGGCUCACAGAUACAGGCCAUCUGGACCGACGAGACGGGCAUCGAGACGCUGAAGAAGGAGGAGGUGCGCUGGGAGCGCCAAUCGCGCUGGAAGAGCCUGCAGACGGUGUUCGGCAGGUUCUCAGCCUCCUGGUUCUCGCCGUUCACGCGGCCGCCGCUGCACGGCAAGGCCGUCGGACACAUGUACUCCGUGUGAGCAUCGGCCCGGCU